UUGCCUUCACUCACUUCAGCUCGAGGCAACUCUGUCGGUGAUCUGAAAACUGAUCCGAAAGGUGAAGCCCAAUAUGAACCAGCCCAGCACCUUAAAGACGACAGCAUCACACCAGCCCCAGUCUCUGGCACGGACGACAAGGCCGAAGGUCUCUUCACGUCUACUACGAAUGACACGGCCAAGAACGACGCCAGAACGUCGUCCAACGUCGACGGGGCGGACGCCUCCACCAUCGACACGUUCUACCGGCCCGAUCCCUACGACUUUGGCCGGCACCGCCGUGACAAUGUCUCCAAGAAGCAGAUGAAGAUUGAGCACCCAAAGGGCAACAAGAGGAAACUCUCCAAGUUCUACAACAGACAGAACGAGCUCAUCGACCAGUUCCUCGGAGCCGAAGAUGAGGAGAGGCAGCAGGUCGCCGAGGACGCGAGGAUGGGGCCCAAGAUCAAGUUCGCCGUGAGAGCCUCGUUCACCGUCAACUUCUGCCUCUUCGUCAUCCAGCUUUAUGCCGCAGUCUCUACCGGGUCCCUAUCGCUGUUUGCCACUGCCGCCGACGCAUUCAUGGAUCUCGUCUCAUCCUUUGUAAUGCUCAUCACCUCGUGGCUGGCCGCCCGGCCGAGCGUCUACAAGUAUCCGGUGGGACGAACCAGGAUCGAGACGAUUGGCAUCAUCCUCUUUUGUGCUCUGAUGACCACGGUCGCCAUUCAAUUGCUGGUCGAGUCAGGACGCGCUCUUGGCGAGGGCAAGCGGGCCUCUGAGGAACUGCACAUCGUCCCCAUCGUCAUCGUGGGCGUCGCCAUCUUCGCCAAGGCCACCCUCAUGGUCUACUGCUUCGCUUACCGAAAGUACCCCUCGGUGCAUGUCUUCUUCAUCGACCACCGCAACGACAUCGUCGUCAACAGCUUCGGUUUGAUCAUGUCCGUGGUUGGCGACCGCUUCGUGUGGUAUCUCGACCCGAUCGGCGCCAUGUGCAUCGCCCUGCUCAUCCUGUUCUCGUGGGUCGCCAACGCCUUUGAGCAGGUCUGGCUGCUGGUCGGGAAGUCCGCGCCGAGGGACUUCCUCGCCAAGCUGACUUACAUGGCGAUGACGCACGACACUCGGAUUCUCAAAGUCGACACUUGCCGGGCCUACCAUGCCGGUCAGAAGUAUUACGUCGAAAUCGACAUCGUCAUGGAUGAAUCGACUCCGUUGAAGAUCUCUCAUGACGUGGCGCAGGACUUGCAGAGGAAGGUCGAAGGACUCGGCGACGUCGAGAGGGCGUUCGUCCACGUCGACUACGAGGACCAACACAACAUCCAGACCGAACACAAGGCUCUCUACGAGAAAAUCGAGAAGAAGCCGAGGAGGUCGCUCAAGGACAUCCUUUUGCGGACGAAGAAGGACACGAGCAAAGUCGUCGAGACCGAGAUUUCCAGCGGGCGAAACUCGACUUGA